AAGAGAGGCAUAACACAACACAAUACAAACGUGUGUAGUUGUUUGUGUGACUGACACACAACACAACACAAACACUACAUAGACAUUGAAUCAAAAAUCAAUGGUGGUUGCAUCCAUUCGUCUUCUUCCUUCUCCAUUCCUCUCUUUCGCGCCUCGUUUCUCUCCAUAUUCAUAUUCAUGGCGCUGCCGUCCCUCUUCCACCAUUCCCUUUUCUUCCAUCCACUCCACUUCUACUAAGGGAGAUGGUGGAGUAGUGGAAUUUGGUGGUGAUCAAACAGAGCUUAUAUUUUUGGGGACUGGAACCAGUGAAGGGGUUCCACGUGUCAGCUGCUUGACUAAUCCUUUACACAAAUGUGAGGUGUGUUCAAAAGCUGCUCAACCGGGUAAUAAGAAUAGGAGACUUAACACAAGCAUCCUCAUUCGUCACCCCGGUUCCUCAGGAACACACAAUAAUAUUCUUAUAGAUGCUGGAAAAUUUUUCUAUCACAGUGCUCUCCGGUGGUUUCCUGCUUUUGGGAUAAGAACAAUUGAUGCGGUCAUUAUUACUCAUUCACAUGCUGAUGCAAUCGGAGGUCUUGAUGAUCUUAGAGAUUGGACAAACAAUGUUCAGCCUCAUAUUCCAAUAUAUGUAGCCAAGCGUGACUUUGAGGUGAUGACAAAGACCCAUUAUUAUUUAGUAGAUACUAGUGUUAUCUUACCUGGUGCCCAAGUCUCAGAGUUGCAAUUCAAUAUCGUAUCAGAAGAACCAUUUUUUGUACAUGGACUGAAGUUCACCCCAUUACCAGUGUGGCACGGCCAGAAUUAUCGGUCCCUUGGUUUUCGUUUUGGUAAUAUAUGUUACAUUAGUGAUGUCAGCGACAUUCCUGAAGAAACAUAUCCACUUCUGAAGGACUGUGAAAUUCUAAUCCUGGAUGCUUUGAGGCCUGAUUGCUCUACUUCUACACAUUUUGGACUUCAAAGGGCCUUGGACGAAGUGCGAAAAAUUCAACCCAAAAGAACACUUUUUACCGGUAUGAUGCAUCUGAUGGAUCAUGAAGAAGUGAAUGACUCCCUUGCGAAGCUAUUGGAGUCUGAAGGCCUUGAUGCACAACUGAGCUAUGACGGGCUUCGUAUACCAAUUAGACUCUAGUUUGUAUACAGUCUCUUUCAUAAGAUGACUUUUUUUUUUUUUCUCAAAGAGAAAUUAUUAAAUAAACAUUCAAAUAAUUUUACAAGUUCAUACAUUCUGCAGGUUCCUGCAUCUAUUCUACAUUCUUCCUAUCAUCAUUGAUCAUUCUUUCUUUUCUCCUUGCCUCUGUUAGAGACAAGAAUCACCUAGGAUGAUACCAUUACCACAAAUGUAACAAAUGAUUCUUUUUCCUUGCAAUGAAAGAUUUAAUUUUUUUAAUAUGAUCGUACUA